GUUUCUCGUUAAAAAAAAGGACCGGACCGAGUGCCCGGGUGCAGCCCUAUUUAUCAACGUGAUUCAUUUUUCGACUGACUGGCGGGAUAAAUACGUUUCCGGGUCGUCGUCGUCUAAUACAACCCUCGAUUCUCAACUUCAGCGAGUGCUUUCUGGAUUGGCAGAUAGACAGAUGGCGGGGCUGGACGAGAACGAUAAUUUCUACCUGAGGUACUACGUCGGUCACAAAGGCAAGUUUGGGCACGAGUUCCUGGAGUUUGAGUUCCGGCCCGACGGCAAGCUCCGUUACGCCAACAACUCCAACUACAAGAACGACACCAUGAUCCGUAAGGAGGUCUUCCUCACACCCGCCGUCCUUAAAGAAUGCCGCCGAAUCGUCUCCGAAAGCGAGAUUAUGAAAGAAGAUGACAGCAACUGGCCUGAACCUGACCGUGUGGGGAGGCAGGAGCUUGAGAUUGUGUUGGAGAAUGAGCACAUAUGUUUUACCACCUCUAAGAUUGGCUCUCUAAUGGACGUGCAGACCAGUAAAGAUCCAGAAGGCCUUCGCAUAUUUUAUUAUCUUGUUCAGGAUCUGAAGUGCUUUGUGUUCUCUCUAAUCUCCCUCCACUUCAAAAUCAAACCCAUAUAAUUUGAUUCUGUUAAUGCUCUGAAAGCUGGACUGUUGUUAAGUUGUUCACUCUCAGUUCAACUGGAGUUAGAAGAAGCUAAAAAAGGGCCUGUAAUCUUGCAGUUUGAGUGGAAUUGUUCAAAGAACCUAAUUUCUUGCUCCGUAUUUAAUAGCACCUCUAGCCUGUGGUUUUGAUUUCUACCAACUUAUGUUUAGCGAAUCCAUUGAUUGCUCAGCGAAUGCUAUAGUUUCUUUGUUGGGGGUUUAAUUGAAAUUGCUUUUGCUUUUGAUAUUCAAACUGUAUGAAGAUCUUAUAAAGUGCUAUCUGUUAAGUGUUAACCUUCUAUGAAAGAUCCUUACUUGUGAAUUAUCAUCCCCAAAACUUUACAUUUUUUUAAAUGAUGACAUUAUGUGUUCGGGAUUUA